AUGGCUAAGUUCAUCAAAUCUGGUAAAGUUGCUAUUGUCGUAAGAGGUCGUUAUGCUGGUAAAAAAGUAGUCAUUGUGAAACCACAUGAUGAAGGUACCAAAUCUCACCCAUUCCCACAUGCCAUUGUUGCUGGUAUUGAAAGAGCUCCAUUGAAAGUUACCAAGAAGAUGGAUGCUAAAAAAGUUACUAAGAGAACUAAAGUUAAGCCAUUUGUUAAAUUAGUAAACUACAACCAUUUAAUGCCAACUAGAUACUCAUUAGAUGUUGAAUCAUUCAAAGCUGCCGUCACUUCUGAAGCUUUAGAAGAACCAUCUCAAAGAGAAGAAGCUAAAAAAGUUGUCAAGAAAGCUUUUGAAGAAAAACAUCAAGCUGGUAAGAACAAAUGGUUCUUCCAAAAAUUACACUUUUAA